CCCAACUGUUUACACAGCCCGGCCUGUGAGUGUGUGUGUAUACAGCGUGAGUCACCGGGAGGCGGAGGAGGUGGAGGAAAAGGAGAAGGAGGAGUGCACUGGCCAGGAUCGGUGCGGCGCACACACUCACUCACUCACACCCAGUCACUCUCUCCGAGCGCGUCUCGCUCGCUCACACACACGCCGGGAGCCCAGGAGCGCGCAGGAUCCCGAGCGCCGCGGAAAAGUUGCUCCGGCUUUCGCUCCGAGACUUAUUGCUUUGGGAAGUGCAUUCGCUCCGUGGCUCCGCCGAGCCUGCGAGAUCCUGCCCUCUCUGUCCGGGACCUCGGGAACGCCGGCCGCGGCCGCCUCUGCCUCCAGGACCGCCGGCAGCCUCGACAACAAUAGCGGCGGCCGUCCCCAGCGAGGCGCCCCGAACCAGUGCUCCCGGGGGUCCGGGGACCCGGACCGGCCUCCGCCCCCCGGACGCGGGGCCAGCGUGGUCCCUGCGUGCAACGCUAGCACCGGGGAGCCGCUUCUGCUUUGCCCCCUGGGGGGGGUCGAGCCAAGCUCCGUCUGCAAACUCCAUCCCGCGGGCUGGAAUAAGUCGCGGCGCGGCGCCGAGCCCGCAGCGCCUUCCCGCGCGGAUCCCGGGACGUACAAAGCCGGGGCCGUUCCGGCCCGGGACGGGAUGCGGGUCGGUCCCGUGCGCUCUGCCAUGAGCGGCGCCGCGCAGCCCCGUGGCCCAGCCUUGCUGCUCCCGGCCCCCCGAGGUGCCCCAACCAAACGCCUGCUGGACGCGGACGACGCGGCGGCCGUGGCGGCCAAGUGCCCGCGCCUCUCGGAGUGCUCGAGCCCCCCGGACUACCUCAGCCCUCCUGGCUCUCCCUGCAGCCCGCAGCCUCCGCCCGCCGCGCCGGUGUCUGGCGGCGGCGCCGGGAGCGCGCCGGGGCCCAGCCGCAUCGCCGACUACCUGCUGCUGCCGCUGGCCGAGCGCGAGCAUGUGUCCCGGGCGCUGUGCAUCCACACGGGCCGCGAGCUGCGCUGCAAGGUGUUUCCUAUUAAACACUACCAAGACAAAAUCCGGCCUUACAUCCAGCUGCCAUCACACAGGAACAUCACCGGCAUCGUGGAAGUGAUCCUUGGGGAAACCAAGGCCUAUGUGUUCUUUGAGAGGGACUUUGGGGACAUGCACUCCUACGUGCGAAGCCGGAAGAGGCUGCGGGAAGAGGAGGCCGCCCGGCUCUUCAAGCAGAUUGUCUCCGCCGUUGCCCACUGCCACCAGUCGGCCAUCGUGCUGGGGGACCUGAAGCUUAGGAAAUUCGUCUUCUCCACGGAGGAGAGAACCCAGCUUAGACUGGAAAGUCUAGAAGAUACACACAUCAUCAAGGGCGAGGAUGAUGCUCUCUCAGACAAACAUGGCUGCCCUGCCUACGUGAGCCCCGAGAUUUUGAACACCACUGGGACCUACUCUGGGAAGGCGGCUGAUGUUUGGAGCCUGGGGGUGAUGCUCUACACCCUUUUGGUGGGACGAUACCCAUUCCAUGACUCAGACCCCAGUGCCCUUUUCUCCAAAAUCCGACGUGGACAGUUCUGCAUUCCUGACCACAUUUCCCCCAAAGCCAGGUGCCUCAUCCGCAGCCUCCUGAGACGGGAGCCUUCGGAGAGACUCGCCGCUCCUGACAUCUUACUCCACCCCUGGUUUGAGUCCGUCUUGGAAGCUGGGUACGUCGACUCAGAAAUGGGAACUUCAGACCAGAUCGUUCCAGAGUACCAGGAGGACAGCGACAUUAGUUCCUUCUUCUGCUAAUCCCAAAACCUCAGAAACCUCAUAAUGUUCACACAUGGCAUUUCCAUUUCUAAAGAUGGACAGGCCUUUCGGCGUGGUGCCAACCAGAUAUGUGAUGGCGUAAAGAUGGUAGCUGCUGAACUCAACGGGGGGACCUCCCCUUGUCCGUUGUGAUGAGCGACUUGAUUGAUUUGAGCAGCAUACACUCUGAUGGGCUGUCUUGAAAAUUGUUCCUCUUCUUAAUCAACCCUCACCAACUAUCCCUUUGUCAGAGUCGGGGGUUCCACAUCUUUUCUAGGUGGCAAAGAGUAUGGAUAUCCUACAGCAUUUGGUCAAGUGAAAUGAACUUGAACAUUCUAAGGGGAGAGGAAGUGAAUCGCACAAUGGCAUUUUGGGCAAUAACCUAUUUUAACAGGGUGACAAAUAAUUUGGGGCAAUAAACCUGCCAUCUUCGAACUUGUCUUUGGUAGCUAGACUUUUGCUACCCCAGCUUCUCUGACCGGAAAGUUCUCUUUUGGUUUGGUUUGACACUCACCCUUUCUUCACACUCAGAUCUACCGGUGACUGUGCUCCGUUUUUGGAGCAGCUGUUUCAGCAGCAUAAGGCCUGCCUGAACCAUGAACCCAGACUCUCUCCGUUUCCUGCCAAGACCUCAUUUGCACUAAUGCCUUCAUUCUGACCUUGAAACGUCCUCCCCUCCCACUUACCAGCUAACCAUGGAAAAGUAUCACAAAAGAUUCGAACUCCUGGCUACUUCAGAACUCUGAGCUCACACGGAGAGACUGCAGAUUUUUAAAAAGAAUUCGAACACUUGGAAACACUCGCUUUUUUGGUUCCCUUCAAAUAUGUCAGCGUUGAUCCUUUCCUUUUUCCCCAAGACCAUCUCAGGGUGGAGCGUUUUGUCUAGGAGGAGAAAGAUAAAGAGACUCUCCACUCCCCACUCCCAAGAGCAAAUGUUAAACAUCUUCGUGCUUCAGAGAAAGUGAAUUUGGGACAGUCUUAGACAAUUCUCAGACCAACUUCCAGAGUUAUACUCUAAGCCCUCACGGGUACGGUCUGCUUCUGGCAUUGUGUGUGCGUCUGCAGUCUUGCAUGAAUGGUUGUUAAUAUUUCAAAUGUGGUGUGGUUUAUGAAUACAUCUGCCUAAUCAGCGUCUGGAGUGAUAUAGCAAGCCCCAAAUCUUUGAGGUCGCAAAGGCCUUUAGAAGUCAUCUAGUCCAACCUCUUUCCUCUUUCUGCCACCUCCCAAUGCAAAAAUCCCCCUCUCAACUUCUUUCACGGGUGGGAGUCCAACCUCUGUUUGAAUGCUUCCAGAGAUGGGAACUCACUACUUACAAAAGAUAGAGCGAGACAGAGAAACUGCACCUUGCAUUAAAAACCAAGUGCAGACGAAAUCUCAGUAAACGUCUUGGACAGUACUGAAAUCUGGUGGUUAAACGGGUAAACCAAACAUACUGUAUUUUGAGAAAUGGCACAAAAACGGGCAGUCAUCCUUAAGGGCUAGGCCUAGCCAAACUACUAACCUGCAUUGCGAGAAUGCCGUGUAUACCUCACGUACUGUGUACUUUGUACAUAUAUUUUACCUUUUUUAUAUAUGUCCGACACUUUCUGUUGUUUAGGCUAUGAGGCUUGUUUUGUUGUCUGUGUCUGUCUGAAUAACCUGCGUGUCUAAAACCACGUGAAAUGUGAAUGAUUAUUGGCAAUAUUACCUAACAGAAUCAUGGGACUCGGAGGAGAAGGAGGACAGAGGCCUCUGUCUUACUAACGCUCUCGUGGUUGCUCGACUGUUGUAUCUGUGAUACAUUACCCGGCUAAGGACUCGGGGCUGGCUGGGGCUUCUGCCGGGAAAGCUGGAAACACUAGACCCUUCCUGUACAUGUGUAUAUAUGUGAACAGUGAGACGGCCGUUUUUGACUUGUAGAGAAAUUUUAAUAAACCUGGUUUCGUAAA